CGACACAUCAGUCUCGUCACUAAUGGCUGGAGACGGUGGGAGGAUGUGGAGCCUUUUACCGCUGCUGCUGUUCUCACUGCUGCGGCCCUGCGAUGCUGACGGAGCCGAAGGCGUCUUCGUCAAGCGAUGUAACACAACCACAAAUGACAGAAUUUACAACUACAACGCGACAAUUCUGGAGGGAAGUCGAACUGUGACCUUCAGUGACUACCGCGGCAAGAGUGUCCUGUUUGUCAAUGUGGCCACAUACUGAGGUUACACCUACCAGUAUGUGGAAUUGAAUGCACUACAUGAUGAGAUGAAACAAUUUGGACUCACUAUUCUUGGCUUUCCCUCCAACCAAUUUGGGAAACAGGAACCAGGAGCGAAGCAGGAAAUCCUACCUGGUUUAAAGCAUGUCCGACCGGGCAAUGGCUUUGUUCCAAAUUUCCAGUUGUUUGAGAAAUGUGACGUUAAUGGAGAAAAUGAGGCAGAAGUUUACACCUUCCUUAAGAGCUCGUGCCCACCAGUUGGAGAAAGCUUCGGAGACACCAGCAGACUCUUUUGGCAGCCUCUGAAGAUCAGCGACAUCAAGUGGAACUUUGAGAAGUUCCUGGUGGGGCCAGAUGGGAAGCCUGUAAUGAGAUGGCACCCAUCAGUCGAAAUUUCCAUGGUCCGAGCAGACAUUAAUAAAUACCUGCUGCAGCGCUACACGGAGAAAGUCCUUGGUUAAGAUAUGUUAUUAGUGAGAAUUCCUUCAUGUGAUUAAAUAGAUUAGUAAAGAUGUAGACUGUAAAGUAAAUGGCACCAGUUACUGAGGAUGUGAAGAUGGCAUGAUUUCAUGAGGAAGAGGCUUGAAAACAGAAACUCUGUGGUGCCUCGUCUGAGUCUGGGCCUCAGGUCAGCUCUUCAGUGCAUUCAGACUGCCCUGAUAUCCACAGCAUCCUGGCAUCUCCUCAUCCCAGGAACAGGUGGCCAUUAUACUGUAGUGUGCACAAAGCUCAAAUAAAUUAUGAAAUGUAAAAAAAA